AUGAGCAGGACGGACCCCACGUUCAAGAACGAAGCCGAGGCGAUUGAGUUGGCCAAUUCCACGCCCCACGGCCUGGCAGGAUACCUCUUCUCGCAGGACCCCGCGCAGUGUUGGCGAGUCGCUGAGGCCGUGGAGGCGGGCCUGGUGGGGGUGAACGCGGGCCUUGUCAGCACCCCGGAGGCCCCCUUCGGCGGCGUCAAGGAGUCCGGCAUUGGACACGAGGGCGGGCCUGGCGCGUUGAAGGAGUUCAUGAACACCAAGUACAUGUGCUGGGGCGGCCUCCAGUAG